GUGGCUGAACUUUUACAAGCUAAAAUAUGAUAUUCUAUUCAGUUUUAGUAUUUGUAUAUUUAAGUUAUAUAGAUCCUGUUUGAACUGCAGUUCUCAGAACAGUGCAGCAGUUUAUGUAGAUACGAGUGACAAAGAAGUGACUGUAGUGGGGUCAAAAAAUUGUAUAAAAUUAAUAAUAAAACAGAACAUGGUUCUCUUAUCCUCCCUCCUCCUCCUCCAUUCCCUCCUGUUAUGCAUCUCUGGUGCAAACUACGGGUAUAGAGAUGCUUCAGAGACCGUGACUCUAAGUGGCAACCGUAUCAGGGGAGCAAGGAAUAGGACUGAUGUCGACAUUGUCCUCGGCGGGCUGUUCCCCGUUCAUUCGGUGGAUGAUGGCGGAGCAAGAUGUGGCUCGAUUAGACUAGAGAGAGGGCUGGAGAGGAUGGAAGCCAUGCUCUACGCUCUGGACAUCAUCAACAGCAACGCGAGUCUCCUACACGGUCUCAAACUAGGCUAUGAUAUAAGAGAUACCUGCAGCAGUGAAAACAUUGGCCUUGAUGAAAGCAUUGAUCUAGUUGUAUCAGGUCAACAACUGGACCUUGAGAGUUGUCCGACAUCAGAUGAUACCGAAUAUGAAUCAGCUAACGAUUCAAGUGAAGCUGCCCUCCCAACGUCCACUGUCAUUGGAGCCGCCUCCAGUGGUGUCAGUGUACCAGUGGCCACUCUCCUACGUCUCUUUCGUAUCCCUCAAAUUAGCUACGCCUCCUCCUCUGCUCGUCUUGACAAUCGUGACCGAUAUGGCUACUUCUAUCGUACCAUUAGCCCCGAUAGUCUCCAAGCCGAAGCAAUGAUCGACCUAUGUAUGGAAUUCAACUGGACGUACGUAUCAACUGUAUACACCAAUGACUUUUACGGUGAGCCGGGAAUAGAUCAGUUUCGCAAAAGGGCAGGAGAAACUGGCAUUUGCAUUGACGUUGACGAAGGCAUAAACUCUGAUUCCGAUGAUGAUGACUUCUCGAGGAUUGCCAGCCUACUAUUGGCAUCCUCAACAAAUGUUGUUGUAUUAUUUGCAAAUCAGGGCAAUGCAAGGUCACUGUUCUCAUCCAUAGAGGCCAUAAACACAGCUAAUGGAACAAAUAAGAGGUUCCUAUGGAUUGCUAGUGACGCGUGGGCUCGGUCCAUAAGCAUCGUGAGUCUAUUCAACGAGUCUUUGGCGGGACUGUUUGGCUUUGCGCCCUACACAGACGAAAGUCAAGGAUUUCAAGAUUACUAUUCACAGUUGACUCUCGAAAGUAAUCAAAGGAAUCCUUUUUUCCCCGAAUUCUAUCAGAGCUACUUCAAUUGCACCAUUAACAAGACUUGCAACAAUACGAAACCGGUAACUAGUCAUCCACGCUAUCAACAAGGUACCUUUAUACCGCUAGUCAUUGACGCUGUUUACAGUAUAGCUUUUGCCAUUCGUGACUACCUCAAUGAUAACUGUAAACAGCCGAUCCAAUGGAACAGAAGAACGUUAUCUUGUGAUGGAAAUAGUGAUAGGUUAAAUGGCUCCGUUUUGCUCAGGUAUUUGAACAAUGUUUCUUUUAUAAGUCCGACAGGUAGACAUAUAACCUUUAACCCUGAGACUGGUAAUGCAGCUGGCGGACAAUAUCAAAUAGUCAACUAUCAGAGAUUCCUCAAUAAGUCGUAUGGGUUCGUACCAGUUGGCAUAUGGAAUGGUGAUAAUCCGAAUAAAAGGCUUUCAAUAAAUCACUCAAUAAGUCAGUUUGGAUUAGAACUAAUCAACGGUCAAGAGGUCCUCCUCUCACGCCCACGUCAGUCCCAGUGUACCGUAUGCACAGCAGGGCAGUAUAUUGUUGAAGUGGAGGGAUCUUGCUGUGGUACAUGCAGCAACUGUACAGGUCAAGAGUACUCAAAUACGUCGUCAUCAAGUUCUUGUUCAACAUGUCCUGAUAGAUAUUGGGGUAAUAACCCAAUUAUAGGUAGCACUAGUUGUGUAGCUUUAGAGGAGUCUUAUUUACGCUACAGAGAUGCUUGGUCCAUUGUUUUAAUGAUAAUGGCUAUCAUUGGUCUAAUCUCUGUUGUGUUUGUUUCUGUUGCUCUGGGACUAUACUGGAAUACACCAAUCGUCAAGUCGUCCGGACGUGAACAGAUGAUACUGCUACUUGUUGGAAUAGCACUGACUUUCCUCACUACGUUUUUCUUUGUCUCAAAACCAUCAACCUUUGUUUGCUUCUUCCAGCGGUCAAGCCUCUGGUUCUGCAUAUCUUUUAUAUUAGCCUCGCUGCUCGUUAAACUAAUAAGGAUCUCGAGGAUUUUUCUAAGACAAGGAAGCGCUGCUUCGAGGCCUAAAUUCACAGAACCUCGCUAUCAAAUACUCUUCACACUACUCAUAGUAUCAAUACAAUUUAUCGUCGUGUUAAUAUCAAUGAUAGUCGUCUACCCAUUGGCAUCUGAGGAGCAGGUGGAGUCAAAUAUGGCCGGAGGCCCACCUAUAAUACAGGUAACGUGUGACUCUCCUCACUUAGCUCCAUUGAUAAUAUUAGCACUCUAUCACACUGCGCUGAUCAUAUUCUGUAACAUACUCGCUGUUGUCACCAUACGCUUCCCAGAGAAUUUCAACGAGUCGAAAUACGUUGCUUUCUCUACUUUCUCCAUCGGUUUAAUAUGGCUGGCAUUCACACAGACUUAUAUAGCCACCAGCAACGAGGAUAGGACAGCUGUGGUCUCUUUUGCUCUUAACCUGAGCUGCUUUGCCGUCUUAUUGUGCAUGUUUGGGCCUCGGAUCGUAAUAAUGAUAUUCUUUCCCGAAAGAAAUGUUACCCAGUUCACUACGCAACCAAAAAGUCGUGGAUCCACUGAUAUAAAUGCUCAAUUUGAUACCGGAUAUAUUACUACACUGGAUCCCAGUCUAAGUGUUCCUACUCCAAAAGGAUCUCCAAGGCCUACUAGAGUCACUUUAAAUUUAUCAGACACGCAGCAAAAGAGUGGUAAUGGGUCUUUUGAUGAUAACUCCACUAAACUAUAAGUAUUUACAUUAUUAUUAGUAGUAGUAUAAUCAUUGUGUUGUUGUUAUUAUUAUUAUUAUUAUUAUUAUGUAUUUUGUUGUUGCUGUGAUUAGUAAACAAACACUUGUUUCUUAUUAUUUCAAAUGAACUCCCCAUAUUUACCCAUUUAUACUGUAUCCAUUACCAUUAUACUGUAUGUUUGUCAUUGUGAAGUUAUUAUUAAGAUUAUGAUAUCAACUAUUAUGUAAUAGUUUGGUGA